ACACGUCGGGACUCAGUGCUAGCGUCAGUCCACAGCCGCGGUGUUCUCCGGUCGGUGAGUUACUGACACAGAGAGUUGGACCGUACCUCGAAGUGGAAGCUGAACUUCUUCGCGGCGUGCCACUCUGCAAGACCCUGAGGGGCAUGGGUUGGAUGUGGCGAAGGAGCCCGCAUAGCGUUCCGGAGGCAAAAUGGCAAUUCCUGUGGCAAAGCUUGCGGCCUGUCAAGACCUAUGAUGUUUUCAUCUCCCAUACAUGGAAGAGCUCAGGGUUGUCGAAGGUACUUGCUCUUCUCUUGAGCACAGGCUGGCACAGCGCUCUGGCCUUCUGGCUGUUGGCUACUCUAAUCAUUGUCACCUUGCAAGUAUGUUUUCCCGAUUUGCACAAUUACAAGCCUUUCGUUCUCAGCAAGCGCAUCAUGAACUUCCAAGACGCGUGUCCACUUGCACCCUGGACUGUGAUUGCAACCCCCUUGGCGAUGACUCUGGGCGCGCUGCUUGCGCCGUAUCUCCCCCAAAAGCUGAUGAAAGAGGGUACAUGCUUCCUAGAUGUUGCUUGCAUCCAUCAAGCCGACCAGGUUCUCAAGGAACGUGGGAUUUAUGGCAUCGGUGGGUUUCUGCAACAUGCUGCGGAGCUCCGAGUACUGUGGACUCCUCCUUACCUUACACGCUUGUGGUGUAUCUUCGAACUCGCGGCUUAUCGUGUGGCCAACCCGGCAGGGCGGAUAGUUUUGACACCAAUUUUCAUUGAGCACUCCGUGCUUUUCUUAGCACCUGCUCUCUGGUUUGCCUCCUCGUGCUACUGGGCGGCGCUUGCAGCCGGCCUCGACAAGUAUGGCUACUUCCUGGGCGAGGCCCUCCCCAUUGGACUUGCUCUGAUUCCACUUGUGGGCUUUGUCCACGGCCUGCGGCGGUUCUUCUGCGCAAAGCACAAGCUCUUCGAAGAGCUCAGAGCAUUCAAGCUUGCAUCGGCUGAGUGCAGCGAGCUUUUCGACCACAUCUUUGUGACUUCUGCGAUCAAGACAUGGUAUGGCAGUGCCGAGGAGUUUGAGAAGUUCGUGCAAGGAACCCUCUAUUCUGAGCUGUCUAACAUUCAAACCGUGGAUGUUCCAUUGCCAUACUGCCUCCUCCUUAUCACAUUCCCAGUCAGCGCUACGAUUGAUGAGAGCUUGGCGCUUUGGGCUGGGGGGGCACCAAUACCGGUGGUGGCUUCAUCCCUGAUUGGACACGUGUACUCCAUAUGUGUUUGUUGGUGCCUGGUUAGCUUCAAGCUUUUAUACUAUCUCUGCGAUCGCUUCGCAGUGGCCAGACGCACCGGGUUCGCUGACUACUUGCAAACUCUACUCAUUUACUUGUCAUUCUCUCUGUUCUUCCUCGUCGGAAGCUACACAGGUGAGCUGGCCUACCGGCAUGGGCUGGAGACCGCCAUUUGCCAUGCUAGCAUUUGCACGCUGGUUGCUUGCUGUACGUGUGGCUGGACUUGGAUCUCGGAGCGACUCUCUGAGAUGAAACUAGGACGACAGCAGCGCCAAGCACCGAAGCCGUCUGCCGAGAACAAGCCAGGCCUGUGUUUGUGA